GCGGAAAAGGGAGUAGCGUGAGCAUCGGGGGUGAGGAUGGCCACUGGUUAAAAGAGGAAGGACGAAGCCAUUCACCAUGAGAGCUCCAAUGGAGACGAUGAAUAACACCGACUCCAGCACUCGUAAUUCCAAUUCCAAUUCCAAUUCCAAUUACGAUACGACGUCUUUGUCUGGAGACGACGGCCCCGUUCGUGUCUACGCUGAUGGGAUCUACGAUCUCUUUCACUUCGGCCACGCUCGCUCUCUCGAGCAAGCCAAAAAAUCGUUUCCAAACACCUAUCUACUUGUUGGAUGCUGCAAUGAUGAAACCACUCACAAGUUUAAAGGCAAAACUGUUAUGAAUGAAGUGGAGCGUUAUGAAUCUCUUCGCCACUGCAAGUGGGUUGAUGAAGUUAUUCCUGAUGCACCAUGGGUACUCACUCAGGAAUUUCUUGACAAGCAUAAAAUUGACUAUGUGGCCCACGACUCUCUUCCUUAUGCUGAUGCCAGUGGAGCUGGAAAUGAUGUUUAUGAAUUUGUUAAAUCCAUUGGAAAGUUUAAGGAAACAAAACGAACUGAUGGGAUUUCUACUUCAGACAUUAUAAUGAGGAUUGUUAAAGACUAUAACCAGUAUGUGAUGCGUAACUUGGAUCGUGGAUAUACGAGAAAAGAUCUUGGUGUUAGCUACGUUAAGGAAAAGCGACUAAGGGUGAACAUGAGACUUAAGAAACUACAAGAAAAAGUGAAGGAACAACAAGAAAAAGUAGAACAAAAGAUUCAAAUUGUUGCAAAAACCGCUGGUAUGCAUCGCAAUGAAUGGGUGGAAAAUGCUGAUCGCUGGGUUGCAGGAUUUCUUGAGAUGUUUGAAGAAGGUUGCCAUAAAAUGGGAACAGCCAUCAGAGAUCGUAUACAAGAGCGGCUAAUGGGGCAGCAGUCAGGAGGGUCCAAAUAUCUGCUGCCCAAUGGCAAGGAUGACAUUGAUAAUGAGGAUGAAGAAUACUAUGAUGAAGAUGAUGAGGAUGAAGAGUACUAUGAUGAGGAAGAAUACUAUGAGUCCUCAGACGAGGAGGAGAAGGAGAAGAAGGCAGAAAGUAAAUAAGUGAUCUUCUCCAUGCUUUCCAGCCCCUCGGUUUCGGUAGAUUACUAUACAGUAGCUAUGGAAGGUGAAAUAUGAUUUUCAUAGUGGCAGGAGAGAGUUUGAACAUCGGAAUGGAAAUAUGUUGUUUGUUUUGACAUUUCCUGUGGUCGAAAUUUCGACAACUCUGGGCAAAAGUAUACAUGAAAAAUGAUUUAUGUUGGUUAUGGGUAUGGAAGAGGACCUAGCAGAAGCUGUUUGUGUUUGUGUAUGGGCUGUGAGUGAAGUUAUAAUGGGAAGGUUGUGAACCAGAUAGAGAGCUUUUCAUCAUAAGUAUGGUUUAGAUUCUUUAUAACAGUUGUUUCUUUGAAGCUUUCAUUCUUACUGUUU